GCGGGACUGACUGAUUCUGUUGCGCACACGGACAGAGGAGCGAUCGUCAAAUACAUGAUCCGCUUAAUCCCUCAACCCUCCCCAACAGCCAGGACUGCAAGAUAAUUGCGUGUUAAAGUGGAAUCAACAGGCUGAACGGACGCAGAGACGGAUAUAACGGUGAUUUUGUGUCUUUAACGAUCGGAAUUUGUCGAGGAUGAGGUUGAUCAAGAGCACACAUGCGGAUGGAGGCGAGAAACACGAGCUGGCUCCUCCUUUCAGAAACCCGUUCGUGCAUGAUUUAAGAUUCACAACACUUCAAAAGCUGCAGAUUGGCUUGAUGACAUUGACGCUCUUCCCCAUCCGCCUCUUCAUCGCUGCGUUCAUGAUGCUGUUGGCCUGGCCAUUUGCCUUCAUCGCUACCAUUGGCCGCUCCGAGUUGGCAGUGGAGCAUCAGUGCUUAUGGAGAAAGGUAGUGGACCUGGUGCUAAAGACCAUCAUGCGGGUCAUGUGGUUUGCAGGCGGGUUUCACUGGAUCAGCAUUAAAGGCAGACAGGCUCUGCCAGCGGAGGCGCCCAUCCUCACCCUCGCCCCACACUCCUCAUAUUUUGACGCCAUGCCCGUCACCAUGACGAUGGCAUCCAUUGUGAUGAAAGCUGAGAGCAAAGACAUCCCUGUCUGGGGAACUCUGAUCAAAUACAUCCGACCAGUGUUUGUGUCACGGUCGGACCAGGACUCCAGACGGAAGACCGUGGAGGAGAUCAAGAGAAGAGCUCAUUCAGGAGGAGAGUGGCCUCAGAUAAUGAUAUUCCCAGAGGGAACGUGCACCAAUAGAUCCUGUCUGAUUACAUUCAAACCAGGAGCGUUCAUUCCUGGUGUACCUGUACAGCCUGUAGUAAUUCGCUACCCCAACCAACUGGACUCCAUCACCUGGACGUGGCAGGGACCUGGGGCCUUUAAGAUUCUGUGGUUGACUUUGUGCCAGCUUCACAAUGAAUUUGUGAUUGAGUAUCUGCCCAUCUAUACUCCCUCAGAAGAGGAGAAGAAGAAUCCAGCGCUCUUCGCUCAUAAUGUGCGCCACUUGAUGGCAAAAGCCCUGCAGGUUCCUGUGACAGACUAUUCAUUUGAAGACUGUCAGUUAGCUAUGGCUGAGGGUCAGAUCAGGCUGCCAGUGGACACGUGUCUGCUGGAGUUUGCCAAACUUGUCCGCAGACUGGGGUUAAAACGUGAGAAUCCUGAGAGACGUCUACAGGAAUAUGGGAACAGAGCGCAGAAACUCCAGGGAGAAAGACUGAGUCUGGAAGACUUUGCUCAGUUCCUGGACCUGCCAGUGUCAGAUGUGCUCAGAGAUAUGUUUUCUCUCUUUGACGAAAGUGCAGAUGGAUCAAUGGAUAUCCGAGAAUUUGUGAUCGCCUUCUCUGUUGUGUGCAGGCCCGCAAAAACACUGGACACCAUGAAGUUGGCUUUUAAGAUGUUUGAGGCAGAAGAGGAUGGUGCGAUCACAGAGAAUGAGUUUAUCUGUAUCUUGAAGUCUGCACUGGGGGUUGGAGAACUUGUUGUCAGUCGUCUGUUCAGAUCCAUCGAUGAAGAGGACUCUGGCAAACUCAAUUUUGAGAGCUUUAGGAACUUUGCCGAACAACAUCCAGACUUUGCUGAGGAGUACCUCUACUCAGACCAUGCAGGAUUCGGGGGCAGUUCCUCUUUUCAUGCCUCCAAUCCCGUGGCCAAUGGUUUCUGUGCUGAUUUCACCCCAAGCGAUCACCACCACGCUCCUCAAAAGAAGCUCGACUGAGUCCCUUCCUCGAUGUUCAGUCCCCUGCCAGAGAAACAGAGGAAGGCAGUCAAGAGUCACAACAUUGCAAAGUUUGCUUCCUGGUAUCCAAAACAUUUUGUGGUUAUUUUAUGCCUGCUGGAUUUCUCCUCAACCUUUCAGCUUGUUUUGUUUUUUAAGGGGCAAAUUAAAGGGAUUUUUCUUAAUUUUGAAAAACGUAAAUACUUGAAAGCCAAGCACUUAUUUCGUUUCUCAUUGGGUGAUCUAUUUGUGUGAUAUUGACUGCAUGUGUUUUUUGUUUUUUUAUGGGGUGAAGAUUACGCAAGCAAAAUAUCCCAUUCAGGAAUGAACUGAGAAGUUUUAUUUCUUUUAACUUGCACUCUGUUUUACUCACUGCCCAAAUUUCCCCCCCAUAAUGAGUGUAGAUAAGUAUUUGCAUGGGCUCAAUGCUUGAUAACAGUAUUUCUCCAUAUUUGGCAAAAAGAUCAUUUAGCACUAGUGAAAAAUAUCUGUACGAGAGUGUCAGAUUUGAGGUGCAAAAUGGUCCAAUGAAGUGCUGGUCUGAAUCCAAAUGAGCCAGUUCAGUUUUUUUUUAUUAUUUCUCUUUAUUAUUUCAUUUUUUGUCCAUUAGCUCAGGGGUGCAGGAAAAGUGGCUAAUGGUGUUUUUGUUGUCAUUUUUAUUUUUUGAGGUGAACUGGAUUAUUUUGGCAAUAGGUGAGUCAUCUUUUUGUACUGUCAGUUACACAUUCUUACAUUCCCAACGUACAACAACCAAUAUAUGACACAAUCACUUGUCAGUCCCAGGUAGAUUUAUUUAUUUUAUUAUUUUCUUCUUUUUUUUACAUUUAGGUACUGAAAUAAACUGCUAAAGUUGCUAAAAUCUUGAAUUUAUAUGGACCAAAUACAUGAUAACGACUGUGUUGUAGUUAGUCUUGAGAAUCAGGAAUUCAAAGAUUUGUUUUUUCACCUAAAACAAGCAUAAACUAAAUGAAUAGAAAGUUUACCUUUUUGAUAAAUACCAUUUUCCUGUAUUUUUCUAUUUUUCACUCAUAAAGGCAAUUUAAAAAAUCAAGCAGAACAAUUUGGCUUUGAAAUCCCAACUUUGUGCGCACAUUUACUUCUUAACGGGCCCAGGUUUAGAUAUUUUUUGGUAAAAUAAUUCCCAAUUUCUUCCUACAUUUUUACAUUAACAAAAUGUUUCCUUUUUCUUGUUUAUUUGAGCUUUGCUUUUUUCACACGAUCAAAUGUCCAAGUAAAGUCUUCGUUUUUUUUUUUUUUGUUUUUGAACUAAAGAAUGAACUUUUGAACACAAAAAAAAAAAACAGCCUAAAGGAUAAUGUUUUGUAUUUUUACAAUUUUAACAAUAGGUUUUCAUGUUCUACUUUCAUAAAAAGCUUAAUGACCGAUGAUAUGAAAUACCACCGUCUGAUUUAAGGGAAAACAUAAUCCUUUUCAUUUGUUUUUUGAAAACAUGGCAUGAAUUGUUAUGGUUUUUUCUUUUUGACAAUUUAAUGUGGCCGAAGUGAAGCUAUAUUUCUAAAACUUUUAUUUUCUUACAUUUGAGUUACCACAAAGAUUGCAAAAGUUGCCAGAGUUUAUUUUGCUAUAAGAUACUGUUAGAUACUGACUUGUUUGUAUGGUCGAUUAGCUAUUGAGAUGAUAUAGCUUUGCUUUCUUUGAUGAAUACCAUAAAUAGUCUAUCAGUUUUUUAUUUGAACUUUUGAAAUCAUCUUACAUUCCGUUGUAAAGCAUCAGAUGUGUCAAAAAUCUCUUUAAUGUCACUGUGUUUACUGGUCUGUCCACAGCUGUACCACAGUUUAACAAAUCCAAGGCCCAUAUAUGCGCAUUUAAACACCUGUGACUAAAUAUACAGGUCUAGGAUCAGUGCCAUCUGUAAGAGCUCUAUAAGUAUGUGAAUAGACUGAUCCUAGAUCAUCUCCACUUAUAAUCUGAGCGAUCUGAUGCAAAUUUGAAAUCAUGAAAUCAGUUCACUUCACUAACCGUUCAGUUCUCGACUAAAAUCAAGUCACGUUCUCAGUAAAGCAAUAUUUUAUCGAUGUCACCACCUCUGACUUUUUAAAAGAGAUGAUUUCUGAUAUGUAUUUUGAAUAUUCCAAAUGCGGGGCAUUUUGUGAAUUUUGAUAUACAUAAAGGAAUUUCUUUUUGAGUUUCACUGCCAUGAAAGAUCUGUGAUCUAAAGUGUUAUUUUCAAAUUAUAGCGACAACAGAACUGAUAAACUAGUAUCUUUAGAUCCUCUUUUCUUUUCUUUUUUUGUGCUGUUUUCCUUGAAUGACUAUGCUGAAUGACUAUAUUUACUGUUACAAUCUUUUUUUUUUCUUUGCUUAUGAAAUAAUUCCAAUUUCAUAAUUGUUUGCCUUGAAUUUCAAUGUAGUUUUUCUUUUUUUAUAUGAGUAAAUAAGAGAAUGUAUCGACAAUCCAUCACAAUCGAUAGUAAAAUCUGUAUCAUACUGAAGUAACAAUAUACUCCGCUAUCUGCGACACUGUAUCACACCGCUCAAACAGGAAGUUGGGAGCAAAGACGCUUUGAACCUGACGUACAGUACAGUCUCUGUACACAUGACGGUUCGAGUCAUCAGCUCGCCACAGUGUCUUGGUUCACACUACCCCACCUGUUUUCAAAGUUUAAUGUAUAUUUACUUGUGCUGGCACUUUAGAUUUUUAAACUUUCUUUUUGUUACUACUUGGAAAAAUGUGAUGCCGUAUGCUGGUGUGCAUGUGAUCGGCUAAGAUGUUAAGUGGUUUGUAAUGCCAUCAUUAUGGCUUUGUAUCUAUACGUACCCUUACAGACCACAGGGAGACUUUAUCUGAUUGAGCAGAAGGGAAUUGCGGGUUUGUUCAGGGCUCUAUUUUUCUUGGGACCAGUAGGAAUUGUGGUUCUUACACAUUUAAUGGACACCAAAAAUUUUUAAUUCUGUUGACAUGGGCUCACAUGUUACAAACAUAACUUUUUUUAUUGGAACAUAAAAGGAGUUAUUUAUACAUUAUAUCCACUUUCAUGGUAUGGCAAAGAGUCAUACACAUGUGUAUAUAUUAGUUAACUAUCCCUUUGAACUACAUCUUUUUGCAGAGGAUAAGCUCAGUGCAGUGGAGAAAAACAAUCUUUUUAUUGUUAUUUAAUUUGAUGCAAGAUUGAUUGAUUUGACUUUGCUUCUGCUCAGAUUCUUUACUGAGCAAGUGCUAGUAGUAUACGGAUAAAUAUCACAUAACCUGACAAGAUCAUGUUAUAUUUCAGCUGAAUGGUCACAUUUCACUUAAAAGAGAGAAAAUUAAGACCAAGUUGUUGUUGUUUUUUGUUUGGUGUUUAUUUUUUAUUUUUUUAUUAUUAUUAUUUUCUUGAGAAUUACACAGCAAAUUCUUGUUACCGUAAUUAGACAAUAUAGGAUUCUCAUUACUGUUAUGUGAAAAAACACAUUGUACUAUGAGGACAUUAAAGAAAUACUUUUUAAAUAUGUAAAGUAAUUAUACAUAUAAUUAGUUGUAUUGCUUUUCAUUUAUAUUGCAUACAUUUAUUUAAUUUCUUAUGAAUUAAUGAGAUUCUAGUCAGAAUGCAAGCAACCCAUUGCAAACAUUGAUAGUGGUAACAAACAAAAAAAGUAAAUUUAGACACAUUACAGUAAUGUAAUUUUGUGUUGAAAAUGUGUUUAUUUGUUUUAAAAUAAUGUAACUAUUCAAAAAAAUAGGCUUCAUGUAAUGUGUGCUGGUUUGAGUAUUUCUGUAACUGCUUAUCUUUGGCACGAUGGGGACCUACACAAUAUCAGGCAGGUAGAUUUAAUUGUUGGCUGAUCUGCGUGUGUGUGUGCGUGUGUGUGUGUGCGUGCGUGUGUGUGUUGUUGUGUCUCUCUCUCGCUCAUGAUUUUAAGGGGAAAUGUGACCUGCACAUGUUUGUGAUAUUUACACAUUGGCGUAAACUUUUACAUUUUUGUAACAUUUAUUUUAAAAUUAUAAAUGAAACGAGCACAAAUGUUUGAUAAAUGGAGACCUGAGCAAACCCUAGUCAGCCUAUUUGCAGUUUGGGAAAAAAAUGUGACUCUUACAAAUCAAACAAGGACCCAGCUGUCGCUCGGGCGUGUUACCCUUUUUUUAUUUCAACUUAGUUUAUUUAAAAUACCUCACAGGAAAACUUGUUUUACUCCAUGUUUUCAAAGGGUUUCUAAACUGUAAAAUCAUAUUUAUUUCUCUUCCUUCUGCCUCUGACGGUGUGUUCUACACAGAGCUAAAGAAGAGAGACUAAAUUUGUCUUUUUCAAGUAAUGCGUCUUUCUGAUGGCUCUUUUGUCACCCGUUUGGCUUUUCUAGGUGUUUAGGUUUGUUUUCUAUUUUUUGCCCUAAAUUUUAUUUUGUAAUGUAUCAAAAGAGUCAUUUUUACAAGAUACCUGGGCUUGUCUGUUUUGAAUGCUAAGAAAUGACUUGUCAUUCUGACUCUUUAAUAAAAAAGGGACACUUGACAACA